AUGUUCCUGGAUAUGUACAUGAAAAUAACUAAGCCGUCACGAGUUCAGAAGGAAGAGAUCGCUCACAAAGAACCAAACUCUACUAAAUCUUCUCGAAAAAUCACGUGUAGGUCAAAUAGUAAAAAUUGUGAAGAAGAAAAAAAAAAUGAAACCACUUGCAAUCACAGGCAAUACAUGAACAAUAAUACAGAAGCAGAUCAGAGUCUCCCAAAUCAUACCAAUUUGAUUUCUGAUAUAGAUGAGUGUAUGGAAAAAGUGGUUCGAGAAGCCGCUGAAACUAAUGAUAAUUUUCGAUUCAUGGAUGAUAAUUCACAUAUCAUAAAUGAAAGUUUUGAUGAUGAAUCUCACAAUACUAUUACUAAAGAAAAAACGACCACAAAAAAUGAAUAUUCAUUUGAGAAUAAAUACAACCAACUAAUUGGUAUGAACAGUAUACCAACGAACAUUAACAGUGUUGUAGAAGAAUCGGGCGAUCUUCAUUGUAAUACUAUUUUUGACAACUUCGAAUAUUUCCAGAAGAGCAGUGUAGAAGGAAGGAGUGAUUUGGAAAGGAGUUUUCGCAAAAGUUUGAGCUUUGACAACAUCAAAACAUAUCCUGAUAUAAACAAGAGUGUGAACAAUGUUAUUGACCUAGAAACUUCUGAUUCUUGUUCAAAAUCUGAGGUCAAAUUUGCUAAUGAAAUAAGCUUCUUCAUAACGAAGAGUUAUACAAAUAAUACUGAAUUGACACCUGGUGUGGGAGAAAGUACUAAUAGAAGAGAUACAGUUCCUAUUGAUUUUGACCAACUUAUUAAAAUAGAACCUGGGUUGUUUUCAAUCAGUCAACGAUACGCGCCUGAUUCAUCUGAAAAAAAAAUGUUCAGCCCAAACAAUAAUACUCUCGAGUACCAGAACAAUGAUACCAUGGAAGGAAAUAUCACUACCCAAAGAAGCAAUUUUGGUCCACGGAAUAUUUUGUGCUCAAAAGAGAAACGAGAAAGACUGUUUGCUGAUAUUCAUCCUGCAGAAAAGUUGGAGAGCAAAAUAUUUAGAGAAGAAGUGAGCAGGAAUCGUGUCGAUGAUUUCAAGAAACCUAAAAAGAAGAGAAUGAGUCAUUACAUCAAUGAAAAUAGUUUUCCCUUGACGGCAGUUGAAGAACAGUAUAAAAAACCUAAAUUAUGUAAUGAUACUAAUAGUCUCUUAGAUAGUGAUGAAGCAGGAUAUACUAAGAAAAGCAUUAAAUGGAGAUCACCGUUAGUAUUCUCACCAGCUGUGAAAUUUUCUCCGAGAAUAGAUAGAUUGAUGAGAACAACUAGUGAAAAUGGAAUACAGAAUGAUUUUGGAAAUGGAACCAUCGAAACCUCAAUAUCAUCAAGAAAUUCGAUACAAACCGGAAAUGUGACACUGGAUUCACAAAGAACAUCAAAACCAUACAAAGGGGGCCAACAUAGUUCUAGUGAUCUUAAGCAACGGGGAACUAAAUUUCCGCUUCGUGACGAUGACUACGAAGAUAUUUCCAAAUUACUGACCUCGAAAGAAUUUUCUGAGAUUUUCGAGACAUCGUUUCUAGAAGAUAUGAAAACUAAAUCUGAAAAAUGUACCCCUAUAAAAAACUCACAAUCGAAUAAUACAUCUUCAGCCACAGACUACUACACGCAAUUUUUAAAUCAAUCAUUAGGAUAUACAGAAGAGCAGCAUGAGAAACCAGGAUCUCAAAAAUCACAGCCUUCAUUGAACUGGUCCUCAAAUGAGAAUCAAGAAAAUGAGACACCAAAUAUCGAGAAAAUACCAAAAAAUAAGGACGUAUCACAAAGUUCAUUCGAAUUCGAAGAUAAUAAUAUCAACUAUUCUGGGAGGUCCUUCUCCACUUUCAAUGACAAUCACCUGGCUGGGAUACUGAUCCGGGAGAAUUCUACCUUCUUGGGAGUCAUCGCGCUGACCUCAGCCCAUGGUACCUGGAUUCGUUCUACGACUCCAAGGAAAGUUUCAAUCGUCGGCAGCUAG